ACAGCGCCCCAGACUGGGCGGGGGCGCCCGACGCUGCUGCAGCCUGCGCCUGUGGAGUGUUGGACCAUGAGCCUACGUUGCUCCUUCGGGCUUCCCCAUAGCCGCCUUUUUGCUGCUCCUCCUCCUUUACCGCCGCGUGCCGUUGCUGGUGCCCCCAUCUCCAUCGCAUUGCUCCCCACCAGAUUCGGUUCAACUUCUCCAAUCCACCAUCCAUCGUCUGCUCGAUUCCUUGGCAACCCAUUUCCUCAAGUCCCCUGCGCAAUCAAAGCGACAGAAAUGGACGCGCAGAAAGAGACUGAAGCCGUUCAUGGGGGGGAUUCUGCUGACUCUGCCAUGAAACUUUUGUUUGUAGAGAUGGGAGUCGGUUACGACCAACACGGUCAGGAUAUCACAGCUGCUGCCAUGAGAGCUUGCAGGGAUGCCAUCGCGUCUAACUCCAUUCCGGCCUUCAGAAUAGGGUCUAUCCCAGGGGCGAGCCCUGAGCAUAUGAAGCUCAAGAUCAAGUUGGGCGUCCCUCGUUCCGUGCAGCAACACCUCGAUAUUGAGAAAGUGAAAUCUGUGUUCCCCUAUGGCAAAGUUGUGAGUUUUGAGGCUGUUGAUGGUGGAUUGAUCUGCUCAAGUGGUACUUGUCUGGAGGAAAUGGGCGAUAAAAAUGAUGAUUGUUUUGUCGUUAAUGCUGCUGUUUAUGUUGGUUAUUAGUCAAUGAAUGCGGUGAAAUUUUUCUUCUUUUUUUAUCUAGAGAUGUUUCUAAUCAUGUUUCUAGAUUAAUAAAAACUCUCUCUCGUGUGUUAUUCUAACAA